ACUUGGUACCAUGAAAGGACAUCAUCUCAAAAGGGUAGACAAUCCUAAAAUUAAUUUUUGCAAGUUAAGCCCCUUUUUAAACCUUGUUAACCUUUUUGUUAAGUUCCUUUUUCUUUUAAUAGUCAAAGUAAUUCACUUCAGAUUUGAUUUACAAAAUUGUUCAGAUCAUUUCAGAAGGGCAUGUAAUCCUAGAAUUCAAAGUAUCAAAGAUAUUCACUUUAAACUUCAAGUAUUUGUUCACUUAUCAAAUUUGAAAUGCAUUUGUAGGGGGAGAUAAUCCUGAAAGCCCUCUUUGCUUUAUUAAUUUUCCCUUGUUUGACUUAUAUGAAUAUUUGCCUUUCCCUUAAAACCACUGAAGGUCUUCAUUUCAAACUUAAAAUAUUUUUUUACUAUCAUACUAAGGGCAGGUAAGUUUGAUAAGCAUGUUUGCAUAGUAAUGCCCCCUUUUCUAUGUUGCUUUUAUUUUACUACCCAAAACUGAGAAAAGUGGAGCGCACUGUCUGUGGACAGGUCUUUUUAUCUUUACUUUUCACUAUUUUCUCAACUUGUGUGUUUUUUUCUAAUCUUUUGCCUGAUCAUUUCUCUUUUGUCUACAUUACUGUCUCACUAAUAGAAAGUAGCUGAAAGUAAGUCACUUCCAGUCCCAAGACCUCACAGACGAUUCUUUUAUUUCCUGGAUGACGAAGGUGUGGUGAUGCCAAGAGAGACAGUUUAUGUACCGAUGUUGUUUAGAAGUACAAUUGCUGGCUAUUUCACCGAAUCCUGGCUACUGUGCACCCAGCCCCAGCUAGAAGGUGGAGCUAAAGUCAAGUUUACAUUUAAAGCCAUCACCAGAUGUGAGUCAGACUACAGCAAACAGAUUCAGGAAAUCAAGGAUUAUAUGAAGAUGAAAGAGGCACAGAAUAUAUGCUUGCCUCAAGUUCAGUCUAUUAUCGAUUAUGCCAUUCUUAAAGCUGAGGUCACAACGGCAUAUCAACCUGUAGAAGAGUCUAUGGAAGUUAUAUUUAUGAAGAGAAAUCCUGGGUUGUAUUACUACGGGCACAUUGUUAGAAGGUUACAGUUACUGUGUGAGACGUACAUUUCACUGAAUGACCUGGAAAAGUUAGAGAAUGGUGACAUUAUAGUCUCUGUGUUAGAUCUGUGGCAGGCUUUCUUAGCCUUACCAGAUGAUGAUGAUAAUGAUGAUGAUAAUGACAAUGCUGCUGAUGAUAAUGAUGAUCAUGAUGAUGAUAAUGAUGAUCAUGAUGAUGAUGAUAAUGUUAGUGAUGAUAGCAAAAAUGAAAGUUACAUUAAUUUGACACGUAAACAGACAUUGCUAUGGCACCUGUACAAGGAUUUCUACACCAUGUCCUUCCAACCUGUGCUGAUGCUAGAGACAAGUUUUCAUUCAAAAUACAUUAAGAUGUACACCUUGUUACAGACUGGUAUUGAUAAAAUUGUCAGUUAUGCCCAGGACCUGGCAGACAGCCUUGGGCUUGCUCCUAAAAAAGAAAUAAUAGAGAAUGAACAAGCUGUGGAGAAGAAAGAAAAAGGGAAUUCUAAGUCAAAAAGAAGGGCAACAUCAAAAGCUUCAAAGGUGGGCAAGAAAGGACUAACACCAGAUCAUGUAUCCCCUUCUCCCACAGCUCAAAAAGCUGUGCCUAAGGAUGUUAUUGAAUUUUCAGCAGCUCAUAAGUUUAGGGCAGAAAAUACUGAACAGUUCAACCCAAUGCUUGCGAAGUAUGAUGAAAAAGUGUACUUAGAGGUUUACAGAAUGCUGUCAAGUACUAUAGAAGAAAUGUCUGUAUUGUUUGAAAACAAGUAAAAAAUAAACAGCUGAAAUUAUU